AUGCCUCAAGCUGAUGCGUUAUUAAGUAUGUUUAUCAAAUGGCUGAUUGUAUUAGCUGGUGCAGGCAUUAUAUUUGCUAUUAGUAUACAUCAAAUUCCUGAAGGACAUGUCGGAGUUUACUAUAGAGGCGGCGCACUAUUGAAAACAAUAAGUGAUCCGGGUUAUCAUGUAAUGCUCCCAGUUUUAACAACUGUUAAAAUUGUACAAACAACAUUACAGACUGAUGAAGUGAAAAAUAUUCCGUGCGGUACUAGUGGUGGUGUUAUGAUUUAUUUCGAAAAGAUUGAAGUUGUUAAUAUUUUAAAUCGAGAUGCAGUAUUUGAUAUUGUGAAAAAUUAUACUGUAUCAUAUGAUCGAACGCUAAUAUUCAAUAAGAUUCAUCAUGAAGUGAAUCAAUUUUGUUCAAUACACACUCUUCAAGAGGUAUACAUUGAUUUAUUUUCGUCGAUCGACGAUCAUUUAAAACGUACACUACAAACAGAUCUGAAUGUUCUUGCACCAGGCUUAUACGUUUCAUCAAUUCGAGUCACAAAACCAAAAAUUCCAGAAGCUAUUCGAAGAAAUUAUGAAAGUAUGGAACAAGAAAAAACUCAAUAUCUCAUCACAGCUGAACAUCAAAAAGUUGUGGAAAAAGAAGCAGAAACUGAUCGAAGACGAGCAAUUAUUGAAGCCGAAAAAGUUGCUCAAGUAGCAAAAAUACAAUUUGAACAAAAAAUCAUGGGCAAAGAAAGCGAUAAGAAAAUUGCCGAAAUUGAAGCAGAAAUGCAUUUAGCUAGAGAAAGAUCGUUAGCAGAUGCUGCAAAAUAUAAAGGUAAAUAUUUUUUUUGUUGUUGUUUAACAAUUAGUAUGACAAAUACGUUCUUCUAUUUUCUAGCCGAAUGUGAAUCAGAAUCGAAUAAAAUUAAAUUAACACCCGAAUAUCUUCAAUAUUCAAAAUAUCAAGCAAUCGCCCAAAAUUCGAAAAUUUAUUUUGGUAACAGCAUUCCACAAAUGUUCAGUAAUAGUAUUUUACCCUCAUCAACAUCUAAAGAUAACUAA